AGGCGGUUUUUUGCACUUUACCCUUGAAAAUAUAAUACUAACAAAAUGAUAUAUUUCUGUCAGCCACCGUUAGCCAUCACUGGGUAGAAACUUUUCCUUGUCAUUCAACAACCAGACCUAAUGUUUAGAAACCCUUCUCAGCCUUCAAAGAAGGAGCAGAAACAAGGAAGAGAAUUGUUUGCAGUGAGCUUCAAGCCAGAGAACUUCAUUCCAGGUCUCAUAAUUGGUUUCAUUUUUGGGUUGUUCCUCGAUUUAUCGAAACCCGCCAAAAAUACUACAAAGAGGAACAACACUCGCAUACUGGGCAAGCCUCACCAGGAACAAAGGGCGGUCUCAAAUGACAAUGAUGAAGAGCUUAAAAUGGUUUUGAUAGUUAGGCAAGACCUCAAGAUGGGUACAGGAAAGAUUGCAUCUCAAUGUGCUCAUGCUGCCACCGGCAUGUACGCUGAAAUGAUGCUGCUGCAAAGCCAGCGGUCCAUUUUGAGACAAUGGGAGCUAUGUGGGCAACCCAAAAUAGUCGUCACAUGCAAGAACCAGCAAGAAAUGAAUAGGCUGAAGGAAACAGCUGAGGGCGUUGGCCUUCCGACUUUUGUUGUUGCUGAUGCGGGACGCACUCAGGUUUUGUCUGGGUCAAAGACAGUUCUUGCGAUUGGACCUGUUUUUCCUAUUGCUAUUAUUGAGCAGGGAAUAAGGCGAUAGUGGAUUCAAUAACCGGGAAACUGCGCUUACUCUGAAGGUGUCGAGUAUGGUAGACCUGUGUGACUAAAUUUUCGAAGCAUGCUGUAAUUUUGUCACUUCUUAUGGGAGAGACUUCAUUCCUUGAACAUGUGUAAUGGACUAGAGUCAAAGAACUUGUUUGACAUCUUCCAAGAUACUACACCAGUUUGUCAGGUAACUAGUUAGCAUCUCCCUUUUUUUUUUUCUUUCCCCGUAGAACAGGAGGAAUAUGAAAGGCGUACUUUAAAGUCGUAUUUGAAGAAAAUAUUUUAAUCCAUGUUUCUUUCUCAUCUCUGGAAUAAAUCAUCAGCAACUGCAAUUGGAAA